AUGGAAGCAGCAGUGGACUGGUAUGACUUUUGGAACUAUUAUUACUUGGGCAAAUACCAGGCUGCCAAUGACGUGUGCACGACCCUACUAGAACCGAACCAGUGGCCUCGGUCGGUUCUCCUGGCAGUGAUCCGUUUACGACUUGCGUUGCGCGACCUGGAAGGGAUUCGCGCUCUCCGGAACCUAGUGAACGACACGUGGACCUCCUCGGUUAUCCACGAGCUCAUCGAGACACUCCAAAAAAACGUGCCUCCCAUAGACGACGGGGAACGCUUGCGUUCGGUCGUGUUCGGAGACGGGUCAGCGCUCGACGCGGUCGAUGAAGCGGGACGGCUGCUAGCAGCGCUGGCGCUCCAACGAGCAGGCCUGUACCUGGACGCUCUCGAGACGCUGCCACUGUCUCGUUGCGAAAACGAUGCGGAAUCAAGAGCGUGUCGUAUCUGUUUAUGGUUGCACCUCAACCGGCUGGACCGGGCACAGCUCGAGCAACAGGCGCUUGAGCACUGGUUCGAGCGACAGCUCGCCGACGGCGAUCAGCGUGCCGUCGGAACACUGGUACAGCUGAGCAGGGCAACGCUUGCGGUAGCUAGCAACGACGCUGAAGACGUCGCAAUCGAAGCUGCGUUGCGUUCGUGCAGGGAUCUCGCAGAGCGCUACGGGCCCUCGACGAAGCUACUGAACCUCACCUACUUGUGCCUGGUACGUCUGGGUCGUACCGAGGCAUCCGAGAGCACACUGCAGCAGGCGAUGAACCUGGAUGCACAAGACCCGGAUACCAUGGCGAAUACUGCUGCCAGUGCCGCGAAGACAUCGAUGAUGAUGAUGGCGUUUCCGGAAGCCGCAACAGCGACCCAGCGCCCUAUCGAAUAUCUGCGCAAGUAUGCCCCGUGGCAUCCGUGGAUUCGUGCUCAGGAUGACUUUGAACGCAAGCUCCGGGGCUUGGCAACCUGA